AUGGUUGCUAACAGCUCAAGGGUACUGUGGCACAUCCAGUGUCUCCUCUCAUGUGGUUUGUGGUUAAUAUUAAUGUAUAAAUGCAAAUUUUUGAAUUAUGCAGAUAUGAUCAUACUUUGUAAAGUACAACUUCGAGAAAAUGCCAUAAAAACUGAGAUUGUAGCAUUGGAAAGAUACAAAUGGAAGCUGCAGCUUGGAAUUGAUAUUAGAGAAAUGGUUAAACCCCAUCAAUUACAUGCUAAAAGUGAAAACGGUAUUCAAUGGCUAGCUUGUUUCUGGUCAACUGAUCAUGUCUACCCAAAGAUGUAUGAUAACAACUAUAUAUCUAGCAGUCAAGAUAUGCACAAUUAUCUUGAUCAAUUGUCUGGCCUCCAACCCGUUUAUCGGAAAAACUUAUCUCGAUCCUCUGAAUGUGAAAACCAAUAUACCAAACCAUUCAGAUUGUCUAAAAUCUCAGAAUCAACAAUCUCAAAACGUGGAUACGAGAGAGAAUGUUACCAACAAGAUAAGAAAGUUACUGAAUGGAAGAAGCCAAAAUUGGAUGACAAUUCAGAAAAAAUCUCAAAGAAAUGCUUUCCAGAUAUUAGGGAUCCAAGACUCAAAACUUCCAUGGUUGGUGUUGCGGUACCUUCUGUAAACAAAACCGAAAGAUCCAUUUAUGAUACUUAUAGAGUCAGGUGUAAGAAAAAAGAACCCACUGCUGAAACUGGUACAAAAUGUGAUGACAAAACAGACCAUAUUAUUGGUAAAGAUAAUCCCAAAAUAAUUAAAAUGUCCAAAGGUAAAGAGAAAAAUAUUGAUCAAGACAAAAAAACUGCUUUGACAGAGACAUGUAAAACUGAAAAUAAAUACACUUCUCCUAAUAAGGCACCAUUGAAAUUGAAUAAUAACUCUGAUCCUAUGGAUGACAGUAUCAGUCCAAAUGUUCAAGAUGUUUUAAAGAAACCUGUGGAUAAUUCAAAUCUAAGAAGGAAGCCCCAAUCCAGAUGCAUCAAAAUAAGAGUGUUUCCACCCCUUUCAAAAGUAGAUUACGAAAAUAUUUGGAUUAAAAAAGCCAAAGUAAUGUUAAGUGAAAUUCCAUGCAGUAUUAGAAGGAAGUAUAAGUUGAAAAUUGUGAACAAGACUACUGGUGAUUCAAAACAAACAGUUGCUCAGUGUGGUCAGACAGAUUUCGAUAUUACCAAACCCAGUUCAGAAGCUGCUGAUUCAUUGAAAAUACACUGUGAACAUUCAAAACUAAAACGUGAUCGUGAAAGCUUUCUGAGCUCUAUGGAGAAAGAGUUGGAUGACACUAAGAAAUUAAUCUCUUCUACAAAUUGUGACUCCAUUUGGGUUGAUCCAAAAGUUAUGUCCAUGUCCAAAACACUUCAAAAAGCAUGUAAUACCAAUUCGAAUGGCAGUACCCUUGCCUUCAAAUUAAAGGAAAGUCCUAAAAGUCUUGAAAAGAGUUUCCUGAAAAAGGGACAUUUAUUUAAUUUGGAUAAGUUGAGAAAUAGCCUCCAAGGAACUAUGAACAAUUCUAGAAAUAUAUCAAAAUGUGGUAGUAAAGUUUCUCAAACUUUAUUAAGAGAUAAAAGUAGGAAUGAUGAAAGGAAGCCUGUUAAUCAUCAAGCGAGAUCUGAAUGUAAAGAUGACUUCCAUGAAAGGAGAAGAACUAGAGCUACUCAGAAACAAUGUGAUAGAGACCACAAAACUCGUCGUCACCACAACAAGAAAAAUAACUUUAAAUCUGAACAGCAUCACAAACAUAAACAAAGUGAGCAGAAACCGAUCGAAUCCUCACAUAAUAAUAAACAAUCUUCUUUGUCAAUUCAGUAUCCACAAAUAAGUAGCACUAAUGAUCCCACCACCAUUAUACCAGACAAAGAUGAGGUAAUAACUAUUACAGGGAUCAAAGAUGAUAUCCAGAAAAGAAAGCCUACUAGCAGAUGGGAUGUAGCAGAAAGGUCCAGCAGAGAAAGAAAAGGACCUGAGGGUAAAAAUUUUUCCAAAUCACAAAAGAAUUACUCAUCAAUAGACAAGGUAUCCAGGAUUGUUAGUGACUCCAGAGCUAAACAGAAUAGGUCAACACCUCUAAAAUCGUCAGCUUUAGCAAUUCAAGACCAAGACUUAAAUACUAUUCCCAAAACUCAAGAACAAACCUUAAAUAAUGUGUCAGAACUAUUAUCCAGUACUAACGUUUCCUUUUCAGGAGACAAAAUUUGUAUGCCGAAUGGUGCUAUGGAUAAAGAUCACUGUAUUUCAACCACAAAUAACAUUGCUUUAGAGGAAAAUGUGUUGGAUAAUGCUGAGGUUCUAUCUGCCAAUGUUGUUCCUAAUGCUCUAAAUGAAAAUACUUCUUCUAAGGACUCUAUAGCUGUGAACAAUAACAGUGAUCAAAACAAAUCUAGUUCAUUAGAACUUCAAACAUCUGUAAUAUCUGUGAAAUCCCCCAUAUCAAGUGAAUUCCUGGAUCCAGAAUUGAACGAAUUUGCUUUGGAAUCAUUUGUGUCUGAAGUGGAAGUUGAGACUACAGUUGUGGAAGAUACAGUGUUAGAACAUGCUACUGUCUCUUGUGCUUUAUUGACUCGAACACCCAUCUUAAAUCAAAUUCCUGAAUACGAACAAUCAAAAACACUAGUUCAAGAAAUAUCAGUGCGCAAAAUAUCCCUUUCAGAGCAAAUUUUAGCUGACACAUCACUUGCAUAUGUACAGGAAAAAGUGUUACUUCAAAGUAACAAAGAAGGCUGUCAAACAUCAGCCAUAUCAGACAACCCUCCAUUUGUAGAUAAAGACCAGCAAAGUGUGAUUUCGAAUGAAAUUAGUGAACAUUGUCCUGAGAUUAUUGAAAGUGUUGUGAUACAAAAUUUGUAUAAUUCAACUAAUAUGGAGAGCAACGGUGAGGUCAUGCUUAGGGACUGUGUAGUCAGUGUUGACACUGUGAGCAAAAUCUCAGUUGAACCUUGCAACAUCACAAUCUGUGAAAGUAACGUAACUGACAAAUUGAUUCACACAGACCAGAAUGAGAACUCUUUAAAGAUUUCUGAAGAUUCUGUUGGUUAUGGAAAGACUAUUGAAAGUUCUCAAACUUUAUGCAGUAGUUCCAGUGAACAAGAACAUGGUCCUGAAAUAUCAAAAAAUAAUGAAAUAGACCAACCAUCCACUUCUCUCAUGGCGAAUAGUAAGCAAAUGGAAGGUUUAAAAGAGGCCACAAAUAUACAUGAGCCUUCAGACAAGGGAGAUAGCAUUAAACCUUCCAUUCAAGAAGAAGUAGUUGGCAACACAAAUGAAAUUAACGACAAUGAAUCAUCUUCUGACAAAGAAAGGAUUGAAGACAUUGAAAAGCAAGGGGAAGAAAAACAAAGUCAAAAUACUCCAUCUACAUUUGACUCUUUGGAAAAAAACUUCUCAAAUCAUAUUGCACCAAGUUCAAAUGAUGGUCCUCAACCAGUUGGAAAUAACUCAGAUCAAAAUACCAUAUUUACACUGCCUAAAAGGUUACUCUAUGAAGAUAUCUCUAAUUCAUCAAUAUCUGAAUAUGUUUCUAAAAUUGAAGAGAAUGAGUUGAUCAACAAUAUUCCCAAAAAAUCAAUGUACAGUGGUGAUGUAGCAGAAGAGUGUUCUUCACAAAACAAAAAAGAAGAAUUGGUAGAAGAUGAAAAAUCAAAACAAGACACUCCUGCCAGUAGAGGAAAGGAAAAUGACCCAAGUAUUACAUUGCAAGUAUCUACUUUUUCCAGUGAAACAAGCCCAUCUUCUACCAAUAAACCUGAUACAGAACAAUCUCAACCUGUUGCUGAGGUUUCACUCUCAGAAAAAAUCAGUUUUAGUGUUGCAGAAGAUUUAGCUUCAAUACCAGUUGAAAUGGAACAACCUUUUAAUGAUCCAAGCUUACUCUCCGAUAAUGAUGCAUCAGAACAACAGUUUACUCCCACAAAUUUGCCUCAAAAGGAUGGUGGGUCUCACACUGAUUCCGCUGAGGAAAUUCUACAAACAGUUCCUGAAAGUACUGGUCAGCAAUUUCAAGAAGAGAAGUCUGUAGAUGUGUUACAAACUGUUCAUGAGGUUACAAAUGAUUUACCAGAUAGCACCAGUUCGAUUUGUGCUGAUAUGAAUGAUGUAUAUGUUGAAGAGAAAAAUUCAGAUGUUUCAAAUGCAACUCAGGUUCAAGUGGAAAGUACAGCUCUACCUGACCAGACACCAGAUGCAGUAUCUUCUGACAACUUUACAUUGAUAGUUGAUGAGAAUAGUUUGGAGGGCUGUAGUCAAAUUGUAAUUUCCAAAGUUGAUGAUGCAAGCACUUCCUCAAGCUUUUCAGAGUUACCUGAUUCCCAAAAUAAUUUGGAAUAUAAACUAGAUGAUAAGAAAUCAAUUGAAAAUAACAGUAAAGAGAUGCCAUAUUUGGAGUUUGUGAAAAAUGAUGACAAAAAAUCAAAACUCAAACCAAAUGAGCUUGAUAUUGCUAAUCAAAGAUACUUGUAUGAAGGGUGUCCUUUAUACUACACAAAAAGUUUGUGUAUCAAUGAAGGAAUGAAGCUUCCUGUAAGAAUUGCUUCUUAUGAUUAUGAUGAAGAACCAAAGACUCAGUCCCAGGAAACAGUACAGAAACCUAGGACAGAAUCAAUUGGUACGGACAAUGAUUUAUCUAAACCAGUACCAGUUCCUGUAGAUAUUAAUUCUGUGACAGAGCAUCAACAAAGUGAUGAAACUAUACUCCAAGAUGCUGAUAACACUGAACAUUCAGGUCCUGUUUCUCCUGUAAAGAAUGUUUUACCUGUAGUUUCCAUGGCAAAUGUAUGCACAAGUGGAGUAGAUCAUAUGACACAUCCUAAAUCAAUGGUACCUGAAACUGAUCUGAUGGCAAGAGUUGAGGUUUCUCCAUCCUCAUCACAGUCUACUAAAGAAUUGGGAUCAUAUUCUGAAGUAGGUCCAUCAGAACCCAAUGAUAUUAAAACAAUAAGUGAAUUUACGGCCAAACCAUCACAACUACAACUUCUUGUUAGAAGUCCAUUAUGCACAGUCAUUCCUUCCUUAGAGCAAAUUAAUACCCAAAGAUUUGUUUUAAGACCAUGUUCUACAUACUUAUCCUUAGAUGCAAAUGAUAAACAGACUUCAAGACUUCCUAUUGCUGGACCUGAAACUGUAGAAAAUGAACAGGUUCCUGUUUCAAAUGAAGCCCAGUUCAAUCAGAACUGUUCCCUUGCCAUGCCCUCAAGUCAUAUGAUAUCCCAUACUUCAAGUGAUGACCUUCCAUCUAAAUCUAAUAGUGAUGCUCAGAGUUUUAACAUAGAAAGAACUCCCUUUACAGUUGGAUCAUUUUCUACACAGAUUGACGCUGGAAGACAUCUUGCACCAACAAAAACUAAUAAAUACAUCCCACAAUCAAUUACCACUAAUUCAAUUGUUAGACCUAUCUUAUCUAUUAAACAAUUUGAUACUAAAUGGACAUCUCUACCACAAAAACCAUUGGACAAGGGGUUAUUUAAAAUAAGCACAAACAGUUUAACUGAAAAGUUGUUGACAAGUGAUCCAAGUGAAUUUAAGACAAUAAUUCAACUGAGUCAGGCAAAUCAGACAGAUGUGUUUGUAAGCCGGCUUCAGGUGACUGUAAAGGACAGUGAGGAACAAGUAGUGUCAUCCUCUGAGGUCAAUAGUACUAAUGUAGUAACGUUUCCACAUACACUGCCAGGAGAUGCAGUAGCUUCUUUGACUCCUACUAACUCUUCCUUGGGCACAAUUUUGAAAAUAUCUGAGCCAGUUAAAUCUUCUUAUGAUAUGUCAAAACUUUGUGAUGGUGUGAAUGAAAUAAGGUCAAACAGAUAUGAAGAACAAACAAAUGAACUUAAUAUAACUGGACCCUCUGACAAAAUUAUCAAUUCAGAAUCUUUUAUUGAGCAAAAAGCAUUACCUAACAUUGACAUUUUGGAAAGUGAGGAAGUAGAACACAAAUUAGAUGUUCCAAACAGUGACAGAAGUCCAAAAACGGAGUUAACAAGACAACCAGACCAUAAUAAUCCCCACAUUCAUAUUUCCAUUCCACUGAGUCGCAUAGUGUGUAGUCACAUAUCAGCCAAUAACUUAGUCAUCAAUUCAUCAACUAUAGCAUCAACAUCAUCAGUUGCAUCAUCGGAAUCUUCCCCUUUCUAUUUCUCCUCAUCCUCUGAUCUAAGUCCACCCAAACUUAGUCCUGUAAUUGAGCUGACAAAUUGUGUAGAUGAAAAUGAGGAAGAUGAAGGAGAGGAUACAAUGUCUGAUUGUGGAUCAGCUAAUACAGAUGAAACACAAGUGUGGAAGAAGGGUAGCCCAAUGGAAGAGAUAAUGAGUGAUGAGACUCUCAUAUAUUCUUGUGACGAACUGGAAGAUAUUGAUCAAGAACUUAAAUUAAAUGAGAAACUAAAAUCUGAGAAACAAAAAAUUCUCAAAGUGGUUCAGAAGUUAAGAGAGGAGCUGUCUGAAAAUAAAAUGGAAAAUAAUGACAUUCUUAUUAGAAAAAGACGCAGAAGUCAAGUCCUGGAAUCAUUGGCUGAUACAGAGUCUGGAAUGCAAAAGUCAAAUCAAGAUAGUUGUUCUGAGAGAGAUGUUAAGAAUGACUACAAAUCUACAGUUUCAAAGCAGAAACAAAAAUUUAGAAAGAAAAGAGAGCUUAAUAAUGAAGUUCUGUAUGAUUCAGGUAUAUACUUUAACAAAGGCUACACCCAGGCCAUAAGUAGGCAUCUAUCAUUAAUAUCUCGUGAUAUGGAGGAUAUGGAUAUAAAUAUCGGUAUAAACUGGUUUUUGGCUAAUUGUGUUGAUUUAAGAUGA